AUGUUUAGCAAGGCUUUAUUGAAUGUCUCCUUUCUCGCUGGAUUAGCGUUUGCAACACCCACUCCAAGCAGCACGCUCGAGAAGCGUGGUGUGACGUGUGGAGGAGUUGUUUAUUCUGACUCUCAGUUGGAAGCCUGCCGCUACCCUCACUUUUUCGGGAACCGCGAAAAGCUGAACUUUGGGUCGUAUACGGGAAGCUUGUAUGAGUACCCCCUAAUACUCGGUACUAAGGCCUACAAUGGGGGUCCUCCAGGACCAGACCGCUGCGUAGCUGCUUUCGACGCAACUACAGGAAACUGUGACCUCCUUAGUGCCAUGACGCACACAGGUGCUCCUGCGAACAAUCGUAACACUUUCUUUCUCUGUACUUAA